UCUCCACCUUUCACACCAACUCUAUAUAUUCACAACUCUCACUUCCCACUCCUAUCAUCAACAAUUGCAACUGAUUCUAUCUAGCAAGCUACUAAUCUUUGUUGUUAAUUGUUUCAUUUCUUCAUCCUUUUUCUACUCUACUUUCCUACGUAUAAUAGCCAUGGCUCAAGCAGUGUCAUUGUCAACAACUACUUCACCUAUGCUUUCCCCAAAAGCAGGGUACUCGGCAGAAACACGUAACAAGACUACUGCACCUUGCAUGGCCUCAUUUCCAUUAAGGAGGCAAUUGCCAAAGCUAGGACUAGGAAGGGUGAGAGCUCAAGCUCAAGCUAGUGGUGAUAACAAAGACAAUUCUGUGGAAGUUCAACAUGUUAACAAAGGUGAUCAAGGUCAUGGUUCCGCUGUAGAGAGAAAGCCUCGUAGAGGUUCCAUGGACAUGAUUUCACCAUUUGGUUUAUUGGACCCAUGGUCGCCUAUGAGAAGCAUGCGUCAAAUGUUAGACACAAUGGACCGAAUCUUCGAAGAUACAAUGACAUUUGGUGGAGGUGAAAUCCGUGUACCUUGGGACAUCAAAGAUGAAGAGAAUGAAAUUAAAAUGCGUUUUGACAUGCCUGGUCUUUCCAAGGAAGAUGUUAAGGUAUCGGUUGAGAAUGAUGUUCUUGUCAUAAAAAGUGACAUGCAUAAGGAGGAAAGUGGUGAAGAAGAUUCUUGGUCAAGAAAGAGUUAUAGUUCUUAUGAUACAAGGCUCAAGCUUCCUGAUAACUGUGAGAAGGAUAAGGUUAAGGCAGAGUUGAAAAAUGGUGUGCUUUAUAUCACUGUUCCUAAGACCAAAGUUGAACGCAAGGUUAUUGACGUUCAAAUCCAGUGACAUGCGAGGACUUUUUAUAGCGUCCUCUUCAACUGGUGUGCUUAUAUAUUUUGCUACCAUGUAACAAUGUUUUUAUUAAGUUAAAAAUAAAUAAGAUACUUUUCUACUUUGCAAAUGUCUACUUCUCCUUAUAUAUUUAGGUAUGGUUUCUUUGGUAUUGA